AUGGAGAACCAUGAGCCUGGAACAGAAAAUAACACCUCCGUUGAAAAUCUAGACCAUCUGGUGAAAGAUAUUGAAUCGACGUUGGAGUUCGUUAAGAGUUCCAAGCUUCCCGCCGCGCAACACUGUAUCAUCCGCUCUGUAAACCCUUUGCUCCGUCGAGUAAAUGAAGCAGCCUACCGACCGCUAUUUGUCCUCAUCGGCCCCCUUCGUUGUUACACUUCUCUCUUAGAGCCCAUGGAAUUGCAGAAGCGAAUAUAUCUAGCCUCCUUCCUCCAACGACGUAGGAUCGGUGCUAGCUUGAACGAGUUUUGCAAGCCGAUCAAAGACUCCUCCCCCGAAAUCCGAAGCCGAUACGAAGAACCAUAUUACCGGAGAUGCGAUUUUAAGGCACACCAAAUCCAACAGAACAUACCGCCGAGUGACGACAACCUCCGGUGGUUCAUAGAGAUGGUUUUAGCUGAUGCAGCAUUCAUUAUUGAACUCUUCUUGAGAAUCUAUCACAAGGAAGGUCGGCCGGAAUCGGAAACCGAUUUCGUCUUUGAUAGCCCCGGGAAGAUAUAUGAUAUCAGACGAGACUUGUUCUUGGCUCACAAUCAACUCCCCUUGUUUGUUCUUAAACAAAUAUAUCAUCGUGCCUUUGGUAACAAUCCCGAUCACCCUUCGUUUAUUCAUCUCAGCUGCAAUUUCUUCUACCCUUAUUUCAACCAAAACAUAUCCAUCCAUGAUUUGUUUCAACAAAACCAAUCUCAUGGUGAUUUUAUAGCCAAGCUCGAUGGUGCUAAGCAUUUUACUGAUUUGCUUAGAACACUUCAGCUACAACAUUCAUUUGACAGCCCUGGAAGCAAUGGAACCCAAGCUCAAAUGAGUCGGGGUCGGGUUCAAGGUAAAUAUUUAUACAGUGCAACUCUACUGCGUGCAGCGGGGGUGAAGUUCAGAGUGAGCUCGAGCAAGUGCUUGCUGGACAUCAAAUUGGAUGAGUCGACGGAACCGUUUUUCCGAAACAUCAUGGGGUGGGAGCAGAGCUAUUAUCCGGAAGAAACCCUCGUCUGUGACUAUGUUUUUCUAAUGGAAUAUCUCAUAAAAUCUAGUGAUGAUGUGGAUUUACUUGUUCGGAAAAGGAUUAUCAUCAACCAGCUGGGGAGUCACACGGCGGUGGUGACUUUGUUCAAUGACCUCUGCAAACAUAUUCCUCCGGCGGAGAAUAACCGUUACUCGGAGACUUUCAGGGACCUCAAUGCUUACAACUCAGUUCGAUGCCAUGGAUGGAUGGCAAAGCUGAGACUACUCUACUUUUCGUCUUUGUGCAGAAGUGUCGCUACGCUUGCUGCAACUGCGCUCCUUUUGCUCACUCUCACACAAACUAUAUGUGCUCUCAUCGCCCUUUAAUUGUAAUCACCAUUUUUACCUCCCCUAUUUAGCAACCAACGACAGCAGCUCCUCCACGUGCAU